GUACAUUAUUGAUCUGCUAAUUGAGAACAAAUAUAAGUACAUAUGUAUAAGCAUUGUGUUAAAGCGAGUACUUACAUAUGUAGGUAUGUACACACAUAUAAGCGGCUGAUAACCUCUGGCCAGUUCCGAAUUAAAUUCGGCCGACAGCUACUUUCCCGACUUUCGCGUGUUUGUAAACAAACCAAAUACGAAAUGAAACAGUCGCGCUUUCUAAGCGUGAAGUACAAAAAAUGUAAAGCAUCAGUCCGAAAUCGGUAGUCGUUUCGAAAAUGUGUUCAACAACCAAACAGCAGUUUUGGUUCCUUUUGCCGUUUGUAUUCGCUCUAUGUUGUUAUUGUGUUACAUUCGCCUUUGCCGCGCGACACAUUCACACCACCGAUUUCCAUACGAAUUUGGAGCGUGAACUUCUGCGUCGCUCAAAAUCUGCAGAAAUGCGAAAUUAUAUGCAGCCACAAGUGGAUGCGUGCGAUGACUUUUAUCGUUACUCUUGCGGUAAUUGGCCUAAAAUCAAUCCGGCAAGCUUUUCGGAUGGCAAAACAGGCAUCUUCAAUGUACUCAAGAAGGCCUAUAACCGGCGUGUAGUGCGUUUGAUGCGCGAACCCAAGCGCACAAACGAAUCAGAGAUGGAUCGCAAGGUAAAAUACUUCUUUGAAUCGUGUAUGAAUAAAGCGGAAUUGCGUAAGAACUAUCGUCAGAAGUUGCUUUCCGUGCUGGAGGAGUUUGGUGGCAUGCCAGCGUUGAAGGGCGAACAAUGGCAGGCAGAUAAAUUCGAUUGGCUGGAAGUUGUUGCACUCAUUCUGCGCAAAUAUGGCAAACAAAUCAUUAUUGGUGCAGACAUUUUUGCCGACCUGACCAAUAACGAAUUGAAUCGGUUAUACUUGGGACAACUGGAUAAGUUGGUAACAGCGCGCGCGACCGACUACUAUGUGGCCUUGGCAUUGGCCAGGCAAUUGGAGAUGCACGAGAUACUGGGCAUGCGAAUGGAGUUGGCGUCCAAGACAGCAAUGGAGAUUGUUGAUUUCGAAAAGCGACUUGCGGCAGGAAAGCUCGAUGCCACGAAGGGCUUGGGCAUGGAGGACAAAGCACAAUUGACGCUACUGGAUGCGAUGACGGAGAAUUACAAACCAACGCUGAAUUUCACACAUUUUGUCAACGUUUGGCUGGGACAUCCAUAUGUGCUGCCCGUUUACGAAUAUGUCGAAACUUAUCUGGACAAUUUGCGUAAAGUUAUCGAGGAUACGCCCAAAGAGGUCGUGGCCAAUUACAUUAUGUGGGAGCUAUUACAGGAUUUCCGUAUGGAAGCGAAUGACUCAGAUGUGAAACAUCAAAAUCGUUGUGUCGAUCGUAUGAAACGCUUCUUCGUCAAAUACCUAGAUCGCAUGGUAUUUCGGCAACUAUCUGCACAUAAUACGGGCAUGACUGCUGAGCUGCAAAGUCUAUGGUUAGAGCUAAAGAGUUCAUUUAGUGAUCUACUGCAAUCAGCUGAUAGCGAUUGGAUGUCGGAAGUAACGCGCGAUAAAGCAUUGGAAAAACUCUCGGCCAUGUCAAUGGAGAUAAAUGCAUAUGAAGAGGAAAACUUCGAGCAACUUUAUGGUGAUCUGGUCAUUAGCACAGACCAAUACUUUGAUAACGUCAUCAAUAUCUUAGAGGUACGUGGUCGCAAUUAUCGCCUACGUUUGAUGGAGCCACCAAAGUUGGAUGAAGCAGAAACGCUUAAUUUCACGCCUGCUUACGCGGCUGAAUAUAAUAAAGUGCUUAUAUCAGUCGCAUUCCUGCAGCCGCUCUUUCUCUGGGACGACGCCUAUCCCGUUACACUGAAGUACGGUACCAUUGGCUUUAUACUGGCACACGAAAUGGCGCAUGGCUUCGAUGCCAUACUACGUAAAUACGAUGCAAAGGGUAAUUUGAACAAUUGGUGGGAUCGCAGCUCUACCGAAGAGUUCGCCAAGCGCAAGGACUGUUUCAAGCAACAGUAUGGCGAGUACCAUUACAACGGACGCAAAUUGCCGAAAACAAAUGCGCAAGAUGAGAAUAUCGCCGACAAUGUGGGUGUGCGUAUUGCCUAUGCAGCCUUCCAGCAAUGGUUGCUGCAACAAAGUCACAAUUCGACUGCGUUACUGCAGGAAACGUUGCCGAAUAUGGAUUUCACGCCGCGUCAAUUGUUUUUCGUGAGUUUGGCGCAAGUUUGGUGUACCGAUGUGAAUCGAAACUGGCGGCAAAUUAUAGUUGCCAUCGAUCAACAUGCGCCUGAGGAGGUGCGCGUUGUUGCGAUGCUGUCAAAUUUUGAUGAAUUCGCUUUGGAAUUCAAGUGUCGAGCGGAUGUACGAAUGAAUCCGAGGCGAAAGUGUGUAAUUUAUUGAACCACUUGGUUUUUUCUUAGUUCCGUCAGUUUUGUAAGAGUUCCCUAAAUCGCUCGCAGGUAUACUUGUGGUUAAGGUUUGCAUAGGGCGCGGUGCACGGUUAAAUUAGCAGCCGCAAGCAAAGUUCCUAACUAUGGUGUAUUAUUCGAGUAUACCUAUUUACAUAUUCGCACAAGGAGCUAUGUGUAAACGGGUUAUGAGUAGUUUAAUAAAUUUCUUACAUACAUAACAUUUAAGUUGAUUUAUUUUUAUUUAUUGUUCUUUUUUUAACCGAUUACAAAAAAGGAGCAUGUUAUCAAUUCGUCGGAAUAUUAUUUGUUUUUUUUUUGUAAUCGAUUUGCGGAAGUGAUGAUAAUAUUUACAUAUGGAAUCAAGAAGUUCAAUGCCAAUUUGUUAUGCUUCCCAUUAAUUAUGGUAAAUACACAUGUAUAUGUUUGUGUUUUAUACUAAUAAUAGAAGCAAACAAUUUAAUCUUAAUUAAAUGAGUGAGUUCGCACUGUUAUCAAGUGCUUUUACUUGUAAUAAAAUUAAAUAAUACACAGAACUUUGGAAACAUAAUAUAUGAAAGAGAGAGAGAGCUUUUGCGUGGUUCCGCACAGUGGUCGGAAAAUCAAACAAGCUGGUAAAAAAAUUUUGAAAAAAUUUUUU